CGUCAUUACUCCCGGUAGAAGGCUAUAAGCUAAGAAGGAAUGCCUAUAUUUUUGUGGGACCUUUAAACCGGAUGAAAGGGACAUCGCAGGACUAGCUGAACUGUGAGUCUGUGAACCUGGGCUGAGCUUUUAGCUUAGCUCCUUGAGGCCAUGGCCUUAGCCGCUCGCUCAGUGUUCCGCUUGGCUUCAUUGCCGCCUUCCGCCACCUCCGUCGCCGCUACCAAUACGCUUCAAGAAAUUGCUUCCAACCAACCUGGAGGUGUGGCGAAGGUUGUAUUGAAGAAGGGAAAGACCCAACUUUUCGGUAGGGGUGGAAGCUCAAUGGUUUACAGCGGCGCUGUUGACAGAAUUAUUGGUCGACCGCCGCCCAAGACGGGAGAUGUCGUCCUCGUGGCUGAUGGAACACAGAAACCAAUUGGUUGGGGCUUUUACAACUCUGUCUCCAUGUUUUGUGUUCGCCUCAUGCAGCUAGAGGAUGAAGCCUCAAGAGAACUCUCCUGUGCACUAAACGUUGAGGAACUGCUAGAAACCAGAAUUUUUGCUGCUGCUCAGCUGCGCAACACUUUAGGCCUGCCUUCUCUCAAAACAAAUGCAUACCGUCUCAUCAAUAGUGAAGGGGAUAGACUGUCAGGUCUAAUUGUUGAUAUCUUUGGAGAUAUAGCUGUUGUUGCUUCAUCAGCUGCUUGGGUGGAGAAGUACCGGCCGCUGGUAGAGUCUUGCAUCAGUCGGAUCAAUGAAGUUAAACACAUAAGCUGGAGACCAUCGGUUGAAAUCCUCAAGGAAGAAGGCCUGGAUUAUUCUAGUUCAACUGUUGUAGAUCUUGUACGUCCUCCACCGGAAAGGGUAAAAGUCAUGGAAAAUGGCAUUUCCUAUAUGGUAUCAAUGGAUGGCCAAAAGACGGGCUUUUAUGCUGAUCAGCGUGAUAACCGUUGGUUCAUUUCUACCAUUUCUGAAGGUCGUAGGGUUCUUGACAUUUGCUGCUACACUGGAGGUUUUGCUCUUAAUGCCACGUUUGGGGGUGCAUCAGAUGUCACUGCUACUUGUUCGCAUUUUCCAAGGUGUUGAUUCGUCAUUGCCUGCACUGGAAGUCGCCAAAGAGAACAUUGAUUUGAAUAGGAUGGCUUCUAGAAGGAUUUCAUUUGUGAGACAAGAUGCAAGCGAGUUUAUGAAGAAUGCACUUUCUAAACAUGAAAAAUGGGACAUAGUCGUUUUGGACCCUCCUAAAUUAGCACCUAGGAAAAAGGUUCUAAAAAGUGCAUCUGGAAUGUAUAGCAAUCUCAACUCACUUGCUAUGUUGUUAACAAAGAGAGGAGGUCUACUCAUGACUUGCUCCUGCUCUGGAGCAAUGACACAAAGUGGCAUGUUCCUAGAGAUUCUUCAGGGCGCUGCAGCAAAGGUUGGGAAGAAAAUCACAGUGGUGCGCAAGGCAGGAGCAGCGUGUGAUCAUCCUCUGGAUCCCGCAUAUCCGGAAGGAGAAUAUCUUACCAAUAUCUUGCUUAGGGUCGUAUAGGUUUCACUGCCCCGUUAUUUACUAUCAGUCUAUCAUAGAGAAUACUGAACCUCAUUUCAGCGCACAGCAUAUUUCGUUUCAAUCUCUCUACAGUGUUGAGAAUCAACAAAAACGAAAUAUGACAUUUCAACAACAAACAGAGUCGGGAUUUCCAUGGCUUCUAGUUCACUAACAAAUUUAGG